AUGAAAUUACGCGGGAUCGUGGUCUUCGCAGUGUCCGAAGCUCAGUGAGAAACUUUCACAUGAUCCUCCAAACUUCCUUUUCUUUCAGUAUUUAUCCAAAAGUUCAAGUCCAUUUGUUGGAAUCUCGUAAAUUGGCUAUUCUCUCUAGAAACGUGAUAGUUGCUGCGGGAUAUCGCGAGAAGGAUCUGAGGCUUGGAGAUGUCCUUAUCAUUGACGUCAAGUUAGUUUAAAAGUCUUAUAACUUUUGAAAGCUUACUAGAGAACGUGUUUUAGAAACUUUACUGAUGUGCACUUUGAAAAUCCUUUUUUCAGAACAAGAAAUAGUUUCUUGCUAUACUUCUGCUUUUUGAGUUGAGAUGCUUCAAACACUUGAAAUAGCGUGUUUUGCUAACUUCGAAGUCUAAUAAAUCAAUAAAGAGUUCUACUGAUAGAGUUUUUUUAAAUUAGGAAUUCCUAAAGUCCAUUUCAGCCAAGUUUCAUCAAAAAGUUAAAAAAAGGGGCUAAGUUCCCAUACAAGAAAAUAACGUGAAAAAAAUGAGAUCAUUUUACUUAAUGAUUAAGAACUUCCUGAAAGUUUGGCAUAUGUACCAAGGGAAGCUCCUGAAAGUCUGAACCUGCAUAACUCGCCAGCUCCCGAAAAAAAAAAACGCUUGAGAUUACCUAACGGCUAUUUCCGAAAUUUUGAGGUUUUUUCUUAAAUCUUAACAAAAUUGGGUGUGCAUUUUUGUGUCUUCUCUCAGGAAGUAUUUAAAUUUUUUUGAAACCUGCUGGAGUUGUGACGGCUGUUAUUCGUAACACUAUGAUCAAACUUCAGUUCAUAGAAAAGAAAAAAUUGCAGUUUUAAAAAUUUUCAGAAGUCUAGAGUUUCAUAUAAGAAAAAUCAAUAGGCACUGUGAUUUAAAGAAAACAGAGAAACUCAUUUUUAAUGAACUUAUGGGAGGAAAUUGAUUUUUUUAACAGGUCCAAGAAUGGAAACAUCGUGGCCGAAAAACUGUGCAAAGUUGAGCCGAGACAGUUUUACCAAUGCGGAAAGAACGUAACUGUCAGUUUUUUCGAAGUUCCUCGGUUUUCAAAUUAUUCGCCUUUAGGGCCAAGUUUUCAAAGCAACGUUCGGAUCGCACUACAUUAUCACCAACGACGUGCUCGGUUUGCAAAGUUGUGGGGCGUUCGUUUUUAUUCUUUUAGGUGUUAUUGGCGAUCCAUACGAGACUCUCAAGUUUUCCGAAAACGGGAGUCAUCAAGUCCAAAUUGUACUUCCGCCAUUGAAGUUCUACCGGAAUAAACUCGAUCCUCUCACAGUUUUCUCAGAAGAGACCCCAUUUCUUGUUCAAAUGGUGAGUCUCGAAAAUUUUUAUGUAGAGUAGGCAUUUUCUCUCGAGAUGUGAUCCCUCGCUAUGAAAAUUCACGGCUUGGAAUGCCUGCACAAAUGAGAAAUCACAAAAAAAACUGUCAAAAUACAAAUAUUGUUUGGCUGUUCAAAAGAUAGCUGGACAGGACCUUCAACUUUGUUUUUGAGUUUUCCCUAUGACACGUCGCGUAAGUAGUUUCAAGUCCGACGAACUGAAUCAGUUAACUUCACCACAGGUCCUCUAACUUUACAUUUUAACACAAAAUAGUUCAAAACUGAAAACAAAAGUUUUAAAAAGAUUAAACGAUGUGUCUGGGCGGUGAUUUCAGAAGGAAGUCGGAAGUUUUUUUCUAAAUAUUCUGAGAAAACUUUUUAAUGAUCCAGAAAUCGUUUUUUUAUUUUUGUUUAUACGCGCAAAUUUUUCAUUUAUAAGGAUAUGACUCUUCGGAGCUGAAUCUUUUCGAAUAGUGUCACUUUAGGAGUUUCGGCUCCCAAAACAAAAUUAUGAGUCUCCCGUGAUUUUUCGGGCUAAUUUAAAGCUAAUCUCAAACUUCAAACAAAUCUCUUACUGUGGAAUAUUUUAACGUCUUCAACGUAAUCAGUACAAUUUUUCAGGUCCCGAAGAAGCUCAAGGUCACCAACGUGAGUAAAAUAUAAACUUUCCAAGAUCACCGCUACCGACGAUUUUCAGGAAGAGUCGAUCCGUUGUGAGGGAAUCGUCAUCUCCCACGUACCGGAUAGAGUCGCCGGGCGGAUCUACGCCUUCACCGAAGGGUGCUCUCCUUACACGGACAUCCUGGGGCUCACCGGAAAUUCAUGCAAAACGCAAUUUCUGCCUCCUGGGACGUUUGUCUCGUUUUCGAUGAGGUGAAUUCCAAAUAAUGUCCUGACCUUUUUUCGCCUUCAGCAUCUCUGACUAUGAACGUCGAGAGAACAAGAAAAAUCUCCAGAUGGACUUUUCCACUGUCCGGUUUUUCAAGGCUCCGGAGAAUUUUUCGACUUCAGUCGAGGGCAAACGCCUUUAUGUAAGUUCUUCUAUACAGAUCCGUUGAAAGAACGUCGAAAGACGCUUCCGAUUAAAGAUUUCUUGUACGGGAUUUAAAGCCUAUUGCAAAUGUGAUUCUUUUGGAGCUGUUAUUUGUAAAUAUGGUGAGAUUUCAGUUCGGAGAAAAAAGCGCAGGUUGAAACUUUGAAGAUUCAAGCUCCAUAGAAGAAAGUAGUGAACAAAAGUUUUUUAACCCUUUCUAACGGUAGUGUAGGAACAGAAGAAAUCUCAGAACUUUCCAGCUCACGAUCAAAAACUUCUCGAUGGACCUUUCUUCCUCACUCAGCUACCCUCGGAUCGGUAAAUUCGACGACCCAGAUGGCCUUCUUUCUCCGAAUAAAAAGUAAUCAGGACUAUUUUCAAUUGGACAAUUUUAGAUAUUCCUCAGAUACGAAGAAGUGAAAUUUUUGAAAGUCUCUGGUGUUCUGCAGCAGAUAAAUAAUUCGUGGAAAGUCGUGGCUGCCACUGAAGGUUUUUUUUAACAUUUUUUCCUCCCUAAUAAUCAUUAUUUUUGAGGUUCUCCUUGA